AUGUUCUACUAUCCCAAUGUUUUGCAACGCCAUACUGGAUGCUUUGCUACGAUUUGGUUGGCAGCGACUGGCGCGGGGAAACUCCUAAAGCGGGAAUACCUGAAGGUCAAUGUUCCACAAACAUGUGAGGAGAUCAUGGCGUUCAUUCUGGUCCGUGUCCCGCCACCAGUUCCUGGGGCACCCCGGCCCCGAUUCUCACUCUACCUCUCUGCUCAGCUGCAAUAUGGCGUGAUCCUGGUCUACAGUCGCCAAUGUCAAUAUCUUGUUGAGGAAAUCCAACACACCCUGGAACGCCUCAGCCGAGCUCAUCAACAGAUAAGGAUUGAUUUGACGGAUCUCGAGCAACCGGGGCUGCUCCUCCCCGAUCAACUGGCCCUGAUGGAAGCUCUGGAGGAAGCUCCUGAUCCCUUUUUUGGCAUGAUGGAGCCUGUGCUGCCCAGUCCUUUAUCCAUCCCUCAUAUCCGAGACAUCUUGGAAGCGCCGACUCCUGAAAGAAGCCCUCCGGAACGACCUCCUCCAUCCGUCCCACCUCGAAGGGCAGGAAAACCAGUCAUCACAGUCUCUCCUGAAGCGAUCACGCUCAAAGAAUCCGAGCCCAUCACCUUGCUGAAAAUUGAAGGUGAGCAAGAUCUCCCUGAAAUCACAGCUGGAGAGAUCGACUUGUUGGUGGAGCAGGAAGGAUUCCUGGUGCCCGGGGCAGAGGAGGGACCACUGUCCCCUCAAGUUGCUUUCAAGAAAAGGCGUGUGGAGGAAGAAUCUGUGGAGGAAGCCAGAGCACAAGAACCUUGGGUAUCCUUGGGGCUGUCGCCUCCGACAGGGAUUGUGGAGGAGACAUUGGCUGUGAAAGAAAUGGGGCUGCUGCUGAGAGAAGAGACCCAGCCCUCUGUCAGCGUUCCUCUGCAGCCUUUGGAGAUUACUCCUCCAGCACAGGAACCGAAGUUCCCACCUUCUCCCCGUUCACCCAGGAUUAGCCCCAAGAUAAAGCGACCCGCCCCGUUGAGUCCUGAGCUCCGUCUGCCUGAAUACGAGCCGUCUCCGCCACGCCCCUCUAAGCGGCGAAGGCAGCUGCGUUUCAUGGAUGUUGUGACCCAGAUUUCCCGGGAAGAUUUCCAGAAACAGAUUGCGGAUCCCCACACACAGUGCCAGCCACUGGAGAUGGUACUCCUGCCAGCAAAGAGAUUAAAGACUCCAGCAGAGCUGCUGGGCAACCCGACAUAUGGAUGGAUGCACCCCACUCUCCAUGGCUUCUGGUCCCGCUGCGCCCACGUCCAGCAGGUGAACUAUGCCAAGCAACGAUUCGCUGAGGAGGAAGCGCGAAGAGCUGAGGUCCCCAGUGAACUUGAGGAGUUGCGAGCAGCUGAAGAACCAAGUGGGCCUCCUGUGGGCUCCUCAGAAAUAUCCCUUGAGACAACUGAGGAAGAACCUCGUCCAAGCUUGGUGAUAACCGAAGAGAGGAUUCUGCUAGAACCAGAAGAAGGGAUCUUGCCCGUUGUGCCCGAACUCCCUGAAAUAAGUUUUGAGCUGCCCCUGGAGAAGGACGUGAUCACCUUGGACUAUGUCCGCAGGUUGGUUGCAGCCAGACUGGAACAGGUUGGAGAGAUCGAUUUUGAUCAGUUGGUGCCCUUGACGGCUUCUCGGGCUGUUGCCAGCCGGUUUUUCUACAUCUGUUUGGUUCUUGCUGCAGCUCAGAUCCUGCACCUGGAGCAAAUGGAGGCUUACGGUCCGAUCACCAUUAAACCAGGAUCUCAUUUCCCUCCCAGCUAAUCGAUUCUGCUCUGGAUCUUGUGUAACUCAUCAACCAGGGGAGCUUUGCUGUUCUGAUACUGUGCCCCCCCUGCAAAACAGCUGCCUCCUUGGGUGAGGAUUCAGGCUUGCUGGGAAGAAGCAUUUUGUGUUUCAGGUGAAAUUUUGGGUUAAACCAAUGCAUUUGCAGGUCUCGGUUAUUUGACCUCCCCUUCUUUUUAUAAAUAAAUCUGUUGAGUUUUAAA